AUGGCGCGGAUCCAUCCGCCCAUUCCCGAAGUUCGAGAACCCCGGCUCUCUGGCGACACGUCAAUGAGGGAGACCGUGACGCCUGACAUGUCGGCGGAGAUCGACCAUCGACUCAAGAUCGAGACUACCGAUGAAGAGGACUCCGAGGAUAGUCUGUUGUCCGACACGUCGUCCGACGCCGACGACACUGUUCCCAAAGCGCCACCCGGUCUCCCGAUCGCACAACUACCGACUGGGUUAUGUUAUGAUGAUCGUAUGCGCUACCAUGCGGAGAUCGCUGCAACCACCGGAGACAAUGUCCACCCGGAGGAUCCCAGACGGAUCUACUAUAUCUACAAGGAACUCUGUGAAGCUGGGCUCGUGGAUGAUGAGACGUAUCCGCCAAUGGUGGAGGUCCCGCUCAAACGCAUUGAUGCGCGCGAGGCCACGCGUGAAGAAUGUCUUCUCGUCCACACUCCGGAGCAUUAUGAUUUCGUCCAGAGUACCGCUGAAAUGUCGGACGCCCAGCUCAUCGAUCUGUCUGAGGAUCCGGCGAUGGACUCGAUCUAUUUCAACACGCUCUCAUUCUUUUCGUCCAAGCUCUCAGCCGGGGCAGCCAUCGAGACUUGUCGCGCGGUGGUGUCGAGGCAGGUGAAGAACGCCAUUGCCGUCAUCCGGCCCCCUGGGCAUCAUGCCGAAGUCGAUCGCACAAUGGGCUUUUGCCUGUUCAACAACGUCUCCAUUGCUUCCAAGGUGUGUCAGAACGACUUCGGUGAGGGUUGUAGGAAAAUCCUGAUCGUCGACUGGGACGUCCACCAUGGCAAUGGCUGUCAAAAGGCCUUUUACGACAAUCCGAACGUGCUGUACAUUUCCCUUCACGUCCACAUGAACGGCUUGUUUUAUCCGUCAGGGACUGAGGGAGACAUGCACCAUUGUGGUGCUGGGGCAGGUUUGGGCAAAAACGUCAACAUUCCCUGGCCCACCAAAGGGAUGGGCGACGGCGACUACAUGUACGCAUUUCAACAUGUGGUGAUGCCCAUCGCGACGGAAUUUGACCCCGACUUUGUCAUUGUCGCUUCAGGUUUCGACGCCGCAGCGGGAGACGAGCUGGGGGGAUGUUUCGUCAGCCCGCCUUGCUAUGCACAUAUGACGCAUAUGCUCAAGUCUCUUGCCGGUGGGAAGAUUGCAGUCUGUCUCGAGGGAGGCUACAACUUCCGUGCGAUUUCAAGAUCCGCCCUCGCCGUCACGCGCACCCUCAUGGGCGAGCCGCCGGACCGACUCCAUGCCACAGCUGCGACGACCUCCGCGGUAGAUACGGUCAAUAAGGUUCGGAAUGUCCAGUCGAGGUAUUGGAAAAGUAUCUAUCCCAAAGAUCCUGUGGGAGGAAUCUUUGGUGGUGAGAGACUACAUGAUAUCAUCCGCCAGUGGCAAGCAACGCAUCUAUACGAUAAGUACAAGCUGACCCAGCUGCACAUCUACCGGGACAACGUCUCGAAAUCGUUUGACCAGCAGGUCCUUGCCACACCGAAUUACGAGAGCAAGAAGUAUCUCUUGAUCAUAUUCCACGAUUCGCCCGAUCUGCUGGGAGUUGGCGACGGCAUGACAACGCAGCAGAAGCCGCACGAUACCUGGUUGGUUGACGGCGCACAGUCGUACAUUCGCUGGGCAGUGUCGCAUGGGUUCGGGGUCAUCGACGUCAACAUCCCCGAGCUCAUCACCAUCUCCGAUCCGAACAACCCGGAGUACAAUGAUGCCGAGGUCGAGUACGCAUCGACCGCGACCGAUAUUGCGCGGAAAGAGGGCGAGAAGCUGGCCGCGUAUCUGUGGGAGAAUUACGUCGAGCCGUACGAUUUCCGAGGCGGCACCUUCCUCAUGGGCGCGGGACAUGCGUUUCAUGCGGUGGCGAAGUUGGUCAGCGAGAAUGAAAACGUCUACCCGAAUCUCCUCGGCAUCAUCGGCUUCAUCGCCACCAACCCGAUCCGUCCCAUUGCCAAUCCAGGCUCACACUGGGUGAGCCAGUGGUACCGGGACAACAGUCUGGUGUUUGUGUCGCAGGUGCACAGCCUGUGGAAGAAGGAUGGCCACCCGUCGAAACGAUACGGGAAACUGGUGCGAUCGAAUGGCGAGGUGCUCAAUCAGAUGAUGAAGAUCCACGAGCACGAGGUGUUUGAUUGGAUAAAGCAGCAAAUCCGAGAGAACGCGACCGACGACACCACGGAGGAUGAUGAGGACGCCGAGGGCAGCAAGGACAGUGACGGCGAUACGAUCGAUGAUCCGGUAGCGCCGGAGCAGCAGCAGCAGCAGCAACACCCGGCGCCGUCACAGGGCAGUGGCUCUGGCAAUGACAGUAGCAAUAGCAACAGCCGCGACGGUCCUCGAGGAGCUGGGUUUGCCAUGUCGUCGACGGGCAGCGGGACGGGGGGCGAUGUUCUGAUGACUACGGAGCGGUGA